UUUGAAGCGAAUAUGGCCGACAUGGACGGGAGCUGAAAAUGGAAAUAUCGAUGAAGCUUAUUAGUCAAAUAGAUAGCUUUGAAAAUGUUCAAGCUCUUGUCAAGCAAGAUUUAAGAGAACUUGGAAUAAAGGUACCCAAAGGCAAAAAGUUGAAACGACAAGGUUGUUUGAAAAAUCAGGGAGAUGGCCAUGGGGAUAUAUUUGGAAACUACCUGUCUUUAGUGCCAUGUGUAUACAUUGCAGACUGUGGAUAUGUUCCAAAGUUUCUAGUGGAUGCAGCAUCCCUGAUUCAUGAAAACAUUGAACAAGAAGGACUGUUCCGAAAGUCGGGGGCUGUUAGUCGGCAAAAGCAGCUCAAGCAACAAAUUGAGAAUGGAAAGGGAAUACAUGGAGCUAAUGUUUAUGAUGUGACAGGUUUGAUCAAACAGUUUUUCCGGAAGCUGCCUGAUCCUUUGUUGACCAGUGCCUAUCAUGACUCCUUCAUCAAAUGUUAUCACAUUGACCAAUCGGAUGUUUCCACCCAGGCUGUUCUGUCUCUCUGUCUACUGUUACCAGGGGAACAUCUCAGCACGCUCCGCUACGUCAUGCUUUUGCUGUCAGAUGUGGCAAAUUGUGCAGAGCAAAACAAAAUGGAUGCCCCUAAUCUGGCAGUAGUAUUGGCACCAAACAUCAUGCAUCUAAACAACAAGACAGAAAAAAUGAAUUCUUCAGAGGAGAAAUUACUGCAAGUUCAGACAGCCAUUGUGGAGGUCUUAAUCAGAAGUGCUUCUAUGAUAGGCAUGGUAUCACCUGAGGUGUAUGAGAAAGCUUCUCUCAUCACAGAGAUUUUUGGAACUGAUGAUGAGUUGGAUGCAAGCUGUGAUACACUGGAGGAGUCUAGGGAUCUUAAAAAGAAAGAGAAACGACGGAAAAGAUCAGGGUCAUUUCAAGGUGUAAUCAGCACUAUAGCUAAAAGUGUAACUAAAUGGAGGAGGAGUACUGAUGGCAAGUCCAAUACAAGUCAGUCCAGCAACAUGAGCACCAUGAGUCAGUAUAGCAACAAAAGCCACAUCAGCAACAAGGCCAAUUCUAGUAACUUGCAGCCCAUGCAGACAGAUUUUGCUACAGCAACCCCAGUGGUUAUCAGGAAAAGAAAAGCUUCAGGAGAAAUGCCUUUCUCAGCUUCGAAAAAGAAAGCAAUAUUAAAAAAUCUUCCUAAUCAAGCAACUCUUGCAAAUACCCCUUACACUCCAGCAUCUACCAUCAAGAAAUUAGACAUCAAUGAAAUGAAGAGAGCAGGUACUUUAAACACACCCAGUAUAGCCUUCAGUAACAAAAACAAACUGGCCUUUAGUGCUACUCCUUGUCAAAACAACAAAACUGCCAGAAAGAAGCUAGGCUUAUUUAGUCCAGCAAGCACGAGGAAAGGAAGGAAGUUAUCAAGCUCCAGCAUAUCGGUUCCUAAUGCAUCUAAGAAGAAUAAAAGUAAAGGAAUUUUCAGAAGAUUUAGUGGAGGAAAGGGGGAUAACCAGCCCAUGGCAAUCUCAGCAGAUGCCCAACUGUCAGAAAGCAUUGGUCAGCGACUGGUGGAUCAAGAUGAUGGUGCUAAUAGCCCUGACCAAGACUGUGUCAACACAUCCAGUACAGCUUUAGAUGUCUCUGUUGGUUCACCUGACGUAGAUCAGUCCAACUUUACCUUUGGUCCAGAUCAGUCUAUUAUUUCAGUCUGUGAUGACAGGAACUCUUUGAAUGAAGGCUUUAUCUGCUCAGAAGAUGUUGACAUGCCACAGGCAGACAACACAACUCUGUCCUCCGUGUGCUCAGAUGGAGCAAUCAAUCGGACUAGAUCAUCAACUUGUGGAGAACCUGUUAGAUCUUGUUUGUCAGAUUCUUCUGUUAACUGCUCAAAGUUAGGGUCAGACUCUAGUGUGGACAGAUCUGAUGUGUUUGAAAAAAGUCUAAAUGUUAGUAAAAGAACUAAAAUUUUGAGAAGAGGACGGCCCAAUUCACUGAAAGCCGGACUUUUAAGUGGAGAGCCAAGAAAGGUCCAAAAUCUGCGAAGAAGUUUUGGGUUAGAUAAGUCUGAAAUAAGUGACCCAAUUCCUUUGUAUGUCCCAAGUGUUGCUGACAUAGAAAUCACAAGCUUAAAUAAAUCAAAUGAAAGACAGCACGAAGUCAGCUCUGUCAAAGAAACUUUGAGAGAUAUACAAGCUCUAGAAUCAAAUAUGAAUUCCCCAUCAUUCAGGAAAAGUUUGAGUAUCAAUGAUCUAUCCACAAAAGCUGAAAAGGAGAUUCAGUCCUUAGUUGGUAAAACACAAGACGGCGAAAAAGCCACUGAAACUCCAAAGUUCCAAACGUGUGACAGUACUGAUAGUCUACUGAGUGGACAACAAUCAGUCAGUGCCUCACCAGAAACAAGGAAAAAGGCCAUGCAGAGAUCCUUAUCUACUGACAGUGGGAAGGGUUCAAUGUUUGAUGAGUCUGGAGUCAUGGAUGCAAACACAAGUCAAGAAGUUGACCAGUUUUUGGAUGGUAAUUUGGGAAUGGAUCUCAUUGAAAACAUCCUUAGUGCUGGAGCUCCUUCAAGUGUAAUUGAGAACAAAGGUGAAAAAGAAAUCCGAAAAUCCUUAUCUUCUACAAAUCUAGUCAAGGGAGACAAACCAAGAUUAAGCAUAAGCAGAUCACAGAGUGUGUAUAAUGCAGCAGCAAAACGACAACCAAAUAUUACACCAAAUCUACAAAUCUCCACUGAGACACACAAUCUGUUAUCUAGAGCGGGCUACAUAUCCAAGAAAGGAAUGAAAAAGACGUCAGAUGAUGACUUUCAAGUUAUGGGACCACCACCACCAAGAAUUAAACAAGCUGAAUUCCACAAGCCUAAAAGGGAGAGCAUCUUAGAAUUGAAAGUAAAACAUGCUGGCAGAGUAGCGGCAAGUAUAAAACAGUUUGAAACUGGGGACAUCACUCCAGUGGUAGAAAAUAUGGCAAGUGCUGACCUUGUUGAGAGGCAUAAUUCACCUUUAAGAUUUCCAAACUGUGUCUCCAGGAAAGCAGGAGCCUCACCACUGAAAUUACCAUCAAUGCUGACCAGGAAAGAAUCUCUUGCCAAUAAAAAAAGUGACUGUCAUCCUAAUAAACUCCUCAGUAAGGGACAGGCUAGACUUCCUAUCUCUACCCAACUUCUCAAACCAACAGAGCAAGUCGCUGUUACAAAUGUUGAUACCCCAAAUACAGGGUCAAAAUUUAGAAAACCAGUCAGACGACCCAGUAUUUACUAUGCAAAGGACAGUGAUACUCCUAAAGGAGACUUAUACAAGUCCAAAGAUACCAGGAUAGAUGAUAGUGUAUUUGAAGCUGCUGUUGCUACACCUUUACCAGAAGAACCAAUGGAGACAAGUGAAGACAGCAUCACAGAGAAUCCACAAAAUAAGGAGAAUGUUUCCACAAUAGAGUCCAUUAAAGAAGAGGAAUCAAAUGACUCCACAUCUGAUACCCUUACAGGAACUCCACUGAAACCAGAGAUUAUUGAUAAUGUAAAAACUUCUAAGCUUCCUAAAAUUUUACAGCCCCUGGGAGACAGUGUUAUUCUCAGGAGCCCAGCAGGUCUGACCCCCAAACAAAUGCUGCAAAGAUCUCAGACGACCUGUUCCCCAAGGUCACCCAUUAAAGCAGUCAAACGACUUGGAUCAUCACCAGGAUCACCAGCUCAUCAUCUGAGCAGACGGCACUCCAUGUCACCUCGUCGAACACAACACAAGAUUUCCCUCCCGGCCUCAGUUCCGGAAUAUCUCCAUGACGAGAUGAAUGGAAUGUAAAUUAUUAAAAUUCAUUGUUCUUUUUCUUGAUUUGUAGUAUAUACACAUACAAAUGUAGUGUGAUCAUGAAAUUGUAAUGAAAUUGUAGGUUCAGUAGGGAUAUAGUCAAGUACAGAGUAUUACAUAAAUACUGUGCAAGUUCUCUCAGUUUGUAAAUAUUCAGGUGUUCUUAGUGACUACUGACAGGGUAUGUUUUAAAUGUUGCAUGCAGAAUCCUCAAGGAUUUCUAAUUAUCAAUGGAAUAUGUGUUAAUUGAUCACAUGCUUUUGUGCUAUU